AUGCGAAGUAAUCCGCACCCACCGGCGAGCAAGCCGCCGCCGCGCCAACCGAAGCCAUGGCCGGCGUACGAGCCGGCGGCGAUCCACAAGCUGCCGCGCGACGUGAUCGCGAAGAUCUUUUCGCAUCUGUCCGUCGCAGACCGGUGCUCCGUGUCGCUCGUGUGUCGCCUGUGGUUUCGCUACGAGCGACUACUGCCACAUUACAUGCAGAGCGAGGUGAGCGCAACGGAGAUCCGCUUCGUGCUGCGCGGCUUCCCCCUCAUCCGCACGCUGCGCGUCCGCUGCCUCGGCCCAACCGUGCUGCCGGGGGCUCCGCGGGAGCAGCGCGCGGACGACCGCCACCACAAGCGCCCGGGGGGAGGGGGAAACGGGGGAAUGAGCGCAGGGGCUGGAGGAGGCGGAACGGGGAUUGGUGGAGGCGGGGCGCAGGUUGGGGGAAGCGGAACAGAGGCUGGGGGAGGCGAAGCGCGGGUAGCAGCUGUUGGCGGAGGAGAAGCGCGGAACGGCUCACCGCACGCCGCCGCCGCCGCCGCCACUCCCCAGUCUCCUAUCAGCGACGCGGAUGUUCUAGACGGGUCAGCCAUUGUGCGUCUACUCUCUCUCAACACUCCCCUGCAGAUCCAACAGGUGGCGGGAACACAGAUAGAAUACCUCUCUAUCUGUAACUGCGGGGAGUACGAGGUCCAUCAGGUGUUAAGAGAUUACUUAACGCAUACUAUUGCUACGUGGGGGUGCAGCAUUCGGCAUAUCGAGAUGCACGAUCCGUUGCCGCUAGCGGACGAGUUUUGGAAAUGUGUGGAGGGACACCCGAUGCUUAGCAAAGUGACUGUGUAUAAGUGCACGCACUUAACGGACCGGUUUCUGCGCCACGUGGCGCGGUGCGGCGCGCUGAAGGAGAUCUCGAUUGCCAGCUGUCCGAACGUGAGUGGCGGCGGGUUUGCUGAGCUGGCGGAGAAGUGCCCCGGAUUGGAGGGGAUGCAUCUGGAGGAUUUGAGUCUGUCCGUCGUGGCGAAGAAAGCGCGCAGCGCGCCUGGCGCAGGGCGCGCGGGCGGUGGAGGGGCGGGGGAAGGGGAACGAGCGGAAGGGAGGGUGGGGUUGGAUGGGAGAGCAGCGAAAGGGGAAACGGAAAGGAUAGGGGGAGGUGAAGGAGAAAGGGGAGUGGGGGGGGCAGGGGAGGAUGUGCGCAUGGGUGAGAGGGGAGGAGCUGACAGCAUGGAGGGUAGGAAGGGGCGAGACGGGGACAGGGCCCAAGAGUGGGGCAUUGGACGGGCGGAUGAAGCGAAUGGGGCAGCGAGGGAGAGUGGAGAGGCAGAGGCGGCAGCAGAGGCGCUAGCAGGAGGAGAAGGAACGGUAGCAGCGAGAUGGGGAGGCAAUCUCGCUGCGUCCUUCCCGAACCUGUCCUCCUUGAAAAUCAUCAACUGUGCGCUCGAUGCCCAUUGGCUGGAAAUGUUUGCCGGGCAGCUGCCCGCCCUGCGCCGGCUGACUGUCAUGGCCUGCCCAGACCCACUCGACCGGUUCUUUCUGACCGCUGCCCGGACAGCUGCCCGGCUGGAGAGUGUGGAGAUUGUAGACUGCGAGGGCGUGAGUGACCGAGGCAUUGUGGCCCUCCUGAAAGGCUGCCCAACAAUCACCUCCCUGACUCUGAGUGGGUGCGAGAGUGGGGGGGGAGACGGAGGAGAGGGAGGAGGAGCAGGAAGAGGAGGGGGAGGAGGCGAUAGAGCUGGUGGUAACAGAGUGGCGAGGGUGACGGAUGAGAGUCUGCGGGCGGUGGUGGUGCAUGGAGUGGGGCUGCGCUCGCUGCAGCUCAAAUGGAGCCCCGGCUUCUCAGGCCAGCAGCUCGCGAGAGACGUGCUGGAUGCACGACGGUGGUGUACCACCUUCGAGACGAAUUCCGUAGAGGACACUGCCGUUGAGGCGAAUUCCUUUGAGGCGAAUUCCUUUGAGGCGAAUUCCUUUGAGGCGACUGCCUUUGAGGCAAACGCCUUUGGAGCGACGCAAGAGGCGGCGUUGGCUCGAGAUGGAUUGACUCGAGGUGGAUUGCCUCGAGAUGGAUUGCCUCGAGAUGGAUUGACUCGAGAUGAUGUAUCAGGCACCCAAGGCAUGUGGUUAUCGUCCACUGCUCUGCCUGCUGCCUCGGAUUCUCCCUUGUUGCUGCUUGACCAGUGGUUACCAGCACAUGAUGAACAAUCACGUAGGCUACAAUCACAGAGCGUACAGCCACAGCGGUUACAGUCACACGUGCUGCCGCUGCUGCAGCUGGGGUGGAGUGCGCUGGAGAGUCUACAUCUGGAGGGGCUGGAUGGGCUCUCUGAUUCCUUCCUGCUGCUGCCUCCUGCCCCCGCCUCUCCUCAAUCGCCGUGGAGUAUUGCAGGGAGAUAUCAGAGGCAGGGCUUAUCCCCCUAG